AUGGCCAUCAGUAACAAAACCACGGCGAUCUUAUCAUCAGGCUUCGAGAUGCCUGCCAUUGGCCUUGGAACAUCUGUGAACCAUUCCCAGUCAAAUCCAAACGAAGUUGAGAAUACAGUGAAAAUAGCGCUUCAAAUUGGGUAUCGUCACAUCGAUUGCGCUCCGGUGUAUCAGAACGAAGUUGCUGUCGGUCGAGGAAUCAAAGCAUCUGGCAUUCCACGGAAGGAACUAUUCAUCACGAGCAAACUCUGGAAUACAGAACAUGAUCCAAAGGACGUAGGACCAGCUCUUGAACAAACGUUGAAAGACCUUGGAACGGAUUAUGUGGAUCUUUAUUUGAUCCACUGGCCGCAGUCAUAUGAAAAGCAAACCCCUUAUACACUCUUUCCGGAGGAUGGAAUCGGAAACCCGCUCGUAACAAAUGUGCCUAUUGCGUCAACAUGGCAAGCAAUGGAAGCACUUGUCGCGGCAGGAAAAGCAAAAAGUAUCGGCGUCAGUAAUUUCAGUCAGGCACAACUCGAGGAGCUAAUUACCACUGCAAAAAUACCUCCCGCUGUGAAUCAAAUACCAGCAACCCCAUACCGCCCGAAGAAGGAGAGGCUGGAUUGGUGUCUCUCCAAAAACAUUCAUGUCACAGCCUGGGGUCCCCUCACCAUCGAUAGGGCCACACAAUUGAACGUCACAAGUGACCCUGUUGCUCAGAAGAUCGCGCAACGUAUCAAUAUCACGCCAGCACAGCUUAUAUUGAGCUGGACUAUCCAAAGAGGUACUAGCGUGAUACCCAAGAGCUCGAACGAGGAGAGACUACGGUCGAAUUUUGAAGUUAUUGAACUUUCACCCGAAGUUUUGGAGCAAGUUGAUGAACUAGAGAUAGUGGUAUAAUUGGACAACAGUUGAUUGUGGCAAGCCAAAUUCUUCGAGCUUUAUGUCGGAACAGGGAGAUCUCUUUUUUUGCCUAGGGUAGUUUCUCUGCCAUUUGUUAUCCUAAGAUUAUUAUUAGAUCAUACCUUCAUCUCACUUUGUGCUAUCCUACUCACAGCGAUUCUGUGGGCAGCCACAGUGGUACCCGGCGAUCCUGUGGCCUUUCGGCAACGGUGUUUUUUUUGGAAACGGGUGGUCGAGACGUAUAGUAAAAUGAAGACAGAACGACAUCUCUUCUAGAUUAUUAAACAGACCAAAAUAUCUG